AGGGUAACCCAUCCCAGCCCUGCGCCCGAUGCCACCAUGAAUCGCUGCCUGGAGACCUCCGGCAACAUCACGCUGCUCUCGUCCCCCAUCUCCAGCAUGACCGGCAUCGUUUUCCUCCUCCUGGCGGCGCUGAUCGGGCUGCCGGGCAACCUCUUUGUGGUGUGGAGCAUCCUGUGGAAGAUGAAGGCCAGCCACCGCUCGGUCACCUGCCUGCUGGUCCUCAACUUGGCGGUGGCCGACGGGGUGGUCCUGCUCCUCACGCCCUUCUUCAUCCUCUUCCUCACCUUCAAGACGUGGCUCUUCGGCGUGGCCGUCUGCAAGGGGGUCUACUACCUGUGUUGCGUCAACAUGUACGCCAGCAUCUUCGUCAUCACGCUCAUGAGCGUGGACCGGUGCUGGCCCUCCAGCCUCCCCUACCUCUCCCAAGCCAUCCGCAAGAAGCGCCUGGUGGUGAAGCUCUUGGCGGCCCUCUGGGUGGUGGCCGCGCUGCUGGCUGCCCCAGCCUUCGUGUACCGCCAGUUGCUCAAGGACCCCUCCGGCCGGCGGCUCAUCUGCCGGCCC